CGAUUCAAACCUCCUUAAAGCCGAAUUCCUCGCAGUUCUUUGCGCCAAAAUUAACUGACCUUAGGAGACUGUGUACUUUCUAACAGAUUUGCCCUACACCUUCUGACUGGGUAACUUUACUUUGUUCUGUUGCUCUUCAUAAAAAAUUACUAUUUUUGUCGAUUUUUUUUCUUCCCAAGUUUUCCCUAAUUGGUGUUUGUGUUCGUUCGUUUUAGAGAGCUGGAGGUGGCUACGCUCCUAGAAAUUCCCAGGAUGAGUUUAGGGAAGGGAAGGUCAUGUUCACGAGCGAAAAAUAAAUAGAUAUUUUUGUUGGAGGAGAAAGCAUCUAAUUGUAAAAUCAUUUCUAAUGUAAUUGUGCAUUACAGAUGGAAGUAAAUUGUUUAACACUAAAAGACCUGAUCAGCCCCAGGCAGCCCAGACUAGAUUUUGCAAUUGAAGAUGGGGAAAAUGCACAAAAGGAAAAUGUAUUUGUUGAUCGAUCAAGGAUGACCCCGAAGACUCCAAUAAAAAAUGAACCAAUUGACUUAUCGAAGCAAAAAAUCUUCACUCCAGAAAGAAAUCCCAUUACUCCAGUUAAGCUUACUCCAGUUAAGCUUGUCGAUAGACAGCAGACAGAACCAUGGACACCCACAGCUAACCUGAAGAUUCUCAUUAGUGCUGCCAGCCCAGACAUAAGAGAUUGGGAGAAAAAGAAGGGACUGUUCAGACCCAUUGAGAACAAGGAGGACGUGUUUACAGACUCUCUGCAGCUUUGUGUGGUUGGGGACAGUGCUGUGGACAAAUUUGAGAAGCGAAGGCCAAGCAGAAAACAGAAAAGUCUGGGACUCCUGUGCCAGAAGUUUCUAGCUCGCUAUCCAAGUUAUCCUGUGUCAACUGAGAAAACUACCAUCUCCCUAGAUGAAGUUGCUGUCAGCCUUGGCGUUGAAAGGAGACGCAUCUAUGACAUUGUCAAUGUGCUGGAGUCGCUGCAUCUGGUCAGCCGGGUGGCCAAGAAUCAGUACGGCUGGCAUGGGCGGCACAGCCUGCCAAGAACCCUGAGGAACCUGCAGAGACUAGGAGAGGAGCAGAAGUAUGGGGAGCAGAUGGCGUACCUCCAGCAGAAGGAGCUAGAGCUGAUGGAUUAUAAAUUUGGAGACCGUAAAAAAGAUGGCUAUGCAGAUCCCCAAGACCAACACUUGCUGGAUUUCUCUGAGCCCGACUGUCCCUCUUCAUCUGCAAACAGAAAAGACAAGUCGCUGAGAAUCAUGAGCCAGAAGUUUGUCAUGCUUUUCCUCGUGUCUAAAACCAAGAUUGUUACUCUUGACGUGGCUGCCAAAAUACUGAUAGAAGGAAACCAGCAUGCGCUGGACCAUAGCAAAUUUAAAACAAAGGUACGACGUCUCUAUGACAUCGCCAAUGUUCUCACCAGCCUGUCUCUGAUCAAGAAAGUGCACGUCACAGAAGAGAGAGGCCGUAAGCCAGCCUUCAAGUGGAUUGGGCCUGUGGACUUCAGUUCCAGUGAUGAAGAACUAGUGGAUGUUUCUACAUCUGUGUUACCAGAAUUGAAAAGAGAAACAUAUAGCAAAGUUCAAGUCUGUGCAAAACAGAAGCUGGCCCGACAUGGUUCUUUUAACACAGUUCAGGCUUCUGAGAGGAUUCACAGGAAUGUGAACUCAGAACCCAGCAGCCCUGCCAGAGAGGAACAAGGACCAGGUGGCUUCUUAGAAAUUGGAAGUCUGGCAGCUAUUUACCAACAGAAAACAGAAGACAAUUCACAGGGGAAACCCUCUGAGAGUAAGAGAGCGAUGCUUCCCUCGAGCAGCCUGGGUGCCGCCGCUCCCUUCCCUGUCCACCCUGUGGACUCCGAGUGCUGUGUUAACCCUUCAGCCCACCAGGCCUUGUCCGUGCCUCAGAUGGACUUGCAGGCCUUCUCCAUACAGAAUGGCCUGAACGGACAAGUGGGUUUCUCUCUCGCUUCCGGGGCCUCAGAUGUGGAGAGCCUGAAGCCAGCCCUGCUGGCCGGCCAACCCUUGUUGUACGUGCCCUCCACCUCUCUGUUCAUGCUCUAUGGGAGCCUGCAGGAGGGACCGUCCCCAGGGCCCGGGUCCGAGAUGGACAGCAGAAGCUCAGAGGUCCCGGCAGCAGCAGAGCGCUCAGCCACACCUGCAGCCCAGAAGCGCCUCAGUGAGGAGGGGACGCCGCAGCAGGAGGAGCCGGCCGCCAAAAGACAAGCCAGGGACCACGAAGACGGCCCUCUAGCUCUUGUCAUGCCCAAGAAAUCCUCAGAUUGCAGAGACAUUGCCUCUCCCAAGAUGCUGGGUACGAGAGGGUCUGUGCCCCUUGAAGACAUGCACGUGAAUAGCCAGCUCCCUACUGCAAAGGAAGUUUGGGGAAAGGCUACAGCAAACAGCUUCAUUUCUGCUGACUGGGGGAAUCUUUCCAGAAAUGCAGAGAUUGAAAAGCCCUCCAAGGAAAAUGAAGGCACCAAGGAGCCCUCUUUGCUGCAAUGUCUUUAUGUACAGUCACCGGCCGGAUUAAAUGGUCUGAGCGUGCUCUUGCCUGGCAAUCAGACUCCUCAUGCUAUGGGACCACCUUCGGGUCAGCUGCCCUCCCUUGGUGUCCCUUGCAUGGUCCUACCAUCUUCAACACUGGGCCCGUUUCCUGUUCUCUACUCUCCCACAAUGGCUGGGCCGGUUUCCCCUGCUCCUGGCACUGUCCCAAACUCGGGACCUGUGAAUUUCAGCUUGCCAGGCCUCAGAUCCACGCCUCAUCUUCUCAUCGGCCCUGCAGCCAUGGUGAAUCCAAACUCCUCAACACUCCCUUCUGCAGACCCUCCGCUCCAGGGUCCACACUCACUUAACCAGAGUCCUGUGGUGUCCAGAUCCCAUGUCAUCCAGCCCGAAUCCCCGGUUUAUGAGGGACAUCCUGUCUCUGUGGUAAAACUAGAGCAGUCACCAACUCCAGCGACCCCCAAGAGCACCCGACACACACAUCGGGAGACAUUCUUCAAGACGCCUGGCAGCCUUGGAGACCGUGUCCUUAGGAAAAGAGAGAGCAAGCAGUCCCAAAACGCCAGCUCAGCGCAGAGGAGACUCGAAAUACCCAGCAGCGGGGCCGACUAACUUGGCACUCUGCCGGGGGCGGGGUCAGGCCACCUGACUGUCCCUGUGUCCCAGGCCAUGUUCUAGACCUGGAGCGGAAGCAGAAUGCACACUUCACGCCUCCUUCCUCUUCCAUCCACUGUCCUAAUGUUAUCUCCCCAUCACCGUCUGUUUUCCUGAAAGUAUUGGUAUUAACUGUGCAUUUAUUACCAGUGAGAGUCCAGACUCUGUGCCUGGUGUUGCAGUGAAAGCACAAGCUGACUUGUGGUUUUGCUCCGAGAAUUGUCUUAUUGCUGGAAGUAGAUCUGAACGGGCUACUGGAGCCUUGUGGGUUUCCUAGCGGUGGGGCCUGUCUAGCACUUAACCAGGGUGAGCAUUCUUGACGUGUAUUCCCACUCACCCUGAGUGAUCUGUGGUGAGAGAACCUUCCUUCCUGCAGUUUAAAAAAGCUACUGCUUCUUUAGGCUUCAUCAGGAAGACAGCUUCAGCUGUGAAUCCUACGGUGUUAUUUAUUUUGUUCCUGAAAUGGGACUUAGUGCAAAAAGUUUACAAGUACAGCAACACAUGCUUUUCAGGGUAUGACUACUUGAAUGUUUGUACUUUUUUCCUGUAAUUUGCCCUGCACUUACUUUACAACCUAGUGAUAAUGUGGAUAAUUUUGGUACACAUGACAGAAUGUCAAGACCAAAAUAACUGUGAAUGGCACACCUCACUACAAUGAACUGUGCUAAAUAACCCUGUCUGGGCAUGAGAACUCAGAUGAACUCCAGCAGCCUGAUCGCUGGUUCUCAGUAACUGGAAAAAAACCCUACCAUGUUCACUUUCCUUCACUACAUGCCCCUGUGGGUGGGUUUUUUUUUAAUUUAAAUGUUAACUGUAGAGUAUCAGGUAUGGAUUCCUUCUAACAAUUGCUGUUUAUUGAAUAAAUCAGGAUAGUGGAAAGUAAUUGUAUGGAAAAUUGGAACCUGAGUGGGAUCUUUUGUCAGAAUUUUGAAGAGCUAAUGUAGACAUUGAUAAUAGGACAGUAGGUGAUUCUUUUUUAUUUUACUUUUUUCCUUCAAUUUGGGAGGGUAAGAGGAAAGUGGACACAUGAUAAGUAUCUAAGAGUAUUCAAAUCAGUUAUUUUUCAGAGGACUGAAAAGCAGGCUCGGUGAACACAGGGGCUUAUUGUUUUAGCGUGACUGCAAUUCUGGAAACUGUUAGGCAGUAUCCCUUUGUCAACCAUAUUACUUCAGGGUUUCAGUAAAUAGCCAAACUAGAUCUUUGUACCCCUAGAUUUAUUGAUACUUACCUCGCUCUUGUCUCCUCAGAAUAAAUGUCUCCCUCCCUUCCUGCUUUCCUUCCCUCCUUCCUUUCUUUAUUCCUUUCUCUUUUUAAAAAUUUCUAUCUUAGAUUUGGAAUCUUGCUGUAGGUUUUUAUUUUUAUUUUUGGACCCAAUAAAAUGUUCUAUGAAAGAAUAAAAAUAUUAAUUUAAGAGACUCUGGGAGUCUGCAUAAAGUAGCUUUAUAUCAACUACAGGAUAAUAUUAGUCAGACUAAGUAAAUUUGCUACUAUAUAAAAUUGUUAUUAACACUAAACUUUUAAAGUUUACAAGAUGCUAUUUUUCUCCCUUUUUUACAACCUUCUCUAGAGUUGAACAGGUAAAGGUGUUCAGUCAUCAACAAUUGCAUGGUAAUGAUUACCUUAAAUGAAUAUUAUGGGUUCCCUCUCGGAACAAAUAAAAGUAGUCCCUUUUCAGGAAUCCUGGCGUAUAAACCUGCACAGGGCGCUGCAGUUUAGAUCUGCCGUACUCUAGACUCCCCAAAAUAUGUUCACUCGAGAGGUCUAUACUUAAAACAAAAACUGAUGUUCUCCUUGCUAUCCUUAGAUGUUCUUCACUUUAACUUUCCUUUUUUAAAAAGUCUUUUCAUGAUGUGACCACAUAAACCUCAGAGAAUUCACGGUUCUUGAGGGGUGUUAGGAAGCAGCCCCAUAAAUGAAAAUAUCAUGACUCCGCAACUAUGCUUAGCAACAGAAAAUGAACAAGUUCCUUUUGUAUUCAGUACUCACUUAAUGUGGCUGUGUGAUAUGUGAAAAUAAUAAUAACGGAUCUGCUUCUUACAGAGCAACCGAUGGCAAUGUAGCUGCUGAGCUAGACUUGGGUGUUUGGGGCAGUGGCACAGCAGUGGCAAUCUUGAGUCUAUCAUUGUAUAAUUUACUAAGAGAAAAAAAUAAUCAUUGGUAAUCCUGCUAAGGAGCUGCAGCUCCGAGUUGGCACUGAGGAGGGUGCGUGCCCUACCCUGUCCAGGGUUUGUGAAACCCUUUCAUUCUGGUACAAGAGUUGGGGGUAUAACUUUUAUACUUGAAUCUACCUACCAAGUUUACAUUUCUCAAUGCUUUUCGUAAGGUGCUACUUCUAUAUUUAAAUAACUUUUUCUUUCCCUGUAAAGCUGCUUUCUGCUUAUCCUAUUGCACUGCUAGUUUUAUGUAGGUGUUAAUUUUAUUGCUGCUUACUGCUUUUGUUUUCAUCUUUUUUUUCUAAUGGCUAUAUUAUCUAUAGCUGUUUACUUGUACCUUUACUACAUGUAAACUGAUUCCUUUUUUUUAGAAAAAUAUUAAGCUUUAUAAAACAGC